CCCCCGCGUCCCCCCCGCAGCCCCGAGGUGCUGGGGGAGGAGUGGGGAGAGGAGUGGCGACUGGCGUGAGUUGCGGCUUGCAGCCUGCUCACUUCUCGAGAGCUGGGAUUUGAAAAAAGAAACUCUCUUCUCCUUUUUAAUUUUUUUUAACCUCCUCUGAAGAGGCGCGCCGUGACCUUGGCGAGUGCCGGGGCGGCCGCCGCCGGGUCACCUUCGUGGGGCGUGCGGGGCGGUGCGGGGCGGCCGCCGGGGGCCGGGCGGGUGCUGGCCCCGCCGGGCUCGGCAACAGGUUAGAAAGGACCCGGUGUCGCAACAGCGAAACUUGGGGCUGGAUGUUUUUCACUCGGCGUGAAAUGAGCGAGGGGAUCCGGGCGCAUUUUUUCCUUCAAACAACCCUCCAGGAAACCUCCGCCGCCCCUCGGGUGCGCCCCAGCUCCCCCCGAGGGGGGGACAUGGGGGGACCCUGUGACAUAUUAUGAGCAGAGUGAUCUCUCUGAUAAGCUCGGAGCACUCGCAUCUAUGGAGCUGUACUGAAAGAGCAGUCCAUUGUACCAGCCCACCCAAUGGCUCCUCCUAGUCCCAGCACCACCAGCAGUAAUAACAACAGUAGUAGCAGCAGCAACUCAGGAUGGGAUCAAUUAAGUAAAACUAACCUUUACAUCAGAGCACUGCCUCCAAACACCACUGAUCAGGACCUGGUAAAACUAUGCCAACCGUAUGGGAAAAUUGUAUCCACGAAGGCUAUUUUGGACAAGACUACAAACAAAUGCAAAGGUUAUGGUUUCGUUGACUUUGACAGCCCAGCAGCUGCUCAGAAGGCAGUUUCUGCUUUAAAGGCCAGUGGAGUCCAAGCACAGAUGGCAAAGCAACAAGAACAAGACCCGACUAACUUGUACAUUUCCAAUCUGCCUCUUUCAAUGGAUGAGCAGGAGCUUGAGAACAUGCUGAAGCCCUUUGGGCAGGUUAUCUCCACCAGGAUACUGCGGGACUCGAGUGGGACCAGCCGUGGUGUUGGCUUUGCAAGGAUGGAGUCAACAGAAAAAUGUGAAGCAGUGAUUGCUCAUUUUAAUGGAAAAUUCAUAAAGACACCAGCAGGAGUUUCUGUUCCUGCAGAACCUUUAUUGUGCAAGUUUGCUGAUGGAGGACAGAAGAAGAGGCAGAAUCAGAAUAAAUACAUACAGAAUGGAAGAGCAUGGCACAGAGAAGGCGAGGUGAGACUUGCUGGAAUGACACUCACAUAUGAUCCAACCACAGCUGCUUUACAAAAUGGAUUUUAUCCAUCACCCUACAGUAUUACAGCAAACAGAAUGAUCACUCAGACAUCUAUUACGCCAUAUAUUGCUUCUCCAGUUUCUACAUACCAGGUUCAGAGUCCUUCUUGGAUGCAGCCUCAACCAUACAUAAUGCAGCACCCAGGUGCUGUUCUGACUCCCUCCAUGGACCACACCAUGUCACUACAGCCUGCAUCAAUGAUAAGCCCUCUGACACAGCAGAUGAGUCAUCUUUCAUUAGGCAGUACUGGAACAUACAUGCCAGCCACAACAGCUAUGCAAGGAGCCUAUAUCCCCCAGUACACACAUGUCCAGACAGCAGCAGUUCCUGUUGAGGAAGCCAGUGGCCAGCAACAGGUUACAGUAGAGACAUCCAGUGACCAUUCUCCAUAUACGUAUCAGCAAAAUAAGUAACUGUGAGAUGUCCAGUGUUGACCUGGCCUGGAGAAGGGUGCAAAGGCUGAAACAAUCAUGGAUUUUACUGAUCAAUUGUGCUUUAGGAAUUAUUGACAGUUUUGCACAGGUUCUUGAAAAUGUUAUUUAUAAUGAAAUCAACUAAAACUAUUUUUGCUAUAAGUUCUAUAAGGUGCAUAAGAAAAACCUUAAAUUCAUCUAGUAGCUGUUCCCAUGAACAGGUUUAUUUUAGUAAAAAAAAAAGUUUUUAUCAAGUGUUAUGACGCAAAAAAAAAAAAACCUUCAAAUUUCUGGGUAUGCACAGAUGACCACGAAGACUUAUUCACGUGCAUGACAGAAUUUGUAUUUUGGUUUAUUUUUAUUUUGUUUGUUUCUUUUUAUUUUUUUUUGUAUGAAAUGGAUUUUCUGAAGUUUAAAAUAGUAAAACAUCUAAGAUGAUGUUCUGUGCUUGCAGUGUGUGAGUGUUGCUUUAGUGCAGUGUUGCAGUUAUAGUGUCUGGUCUCUUAGCUUUCUGUUUUUCUUUUAAUGUAGUGUGAAGUGUCUUAUCCUUUUCUAUAAAUUCCAAUUUGCCUUAAAUCUUUCAAUGCUGUAGCUGUUUCAGUAAGUAGUCCAAACUAAUGGUGUAGAAUGCUUUGACCAAAUGAGCUGGUCUAUUAUGCCUUGUAAAACAGCAGCAUAGGGCUUUUAAAGGUAGUCAAUAAAAAUUGCUGAAAAUUUGGCUUUUUU